AUGAAUCAUUCCAAUAUUAAUCUUCUUGAUUUACCUAAUGAAAUAUUACUAAUAAUUUUAAAAAAACUCGAUAAUAUAGAUAUACUUUAUUCAUUAUUAGAUAUUGAUAAUCAACGACUUGAUAUUAUAUUACAAGAAAAUAUUUUUACUAAUACUCUUAAUUUUGUAUUAACAACAUUAACUGAUGAUAUAUACUCGAUUGCUGAUUCAAUACUUAAUCGAUUUUGUAAAAAUAUCUUGCCAAGAAUUCAUUAUAAUGUUAAAUCUCUUAUUCUUGAUUCAACAUCUAUGGAAAAAAUUCUUCUUGCUAGUGAUUAUCCUAAUUUAACUCAACUUAAACUUUUUAAUUGUAAUCGAAAAAUUAUUUCACGUUAUUUUACAGAUGAAUCACCUUUUCGACAUAUUUUUCAAGAACAAAUAACAGAUCUUAUUGUUGUAUUCGAAAAGAAUUUUAAUCUAAUAUUAGAAAAAGUUGAUAGAAAUAAUUUUUAUGGAUAUAUUUUCAAUACGUUCAUAAAUUUGAAAUAUUUAUCUAUAAAUGGAUUAUUUCCAUAUAAUUUUCCACAUGUGAAUAUUCGUCAAUUACCUUUACCUAUUUAUUUAUGUUCAACUCUUUACAAAUUAUCUCUUUAUGUUCAUAAUCUUGUAGAUUGUUAUACUUUACUUAAUGGUCAUCUUAAACAAUUAAAUACAUUGAUUAUUAAUAUUGCUAGUUUAAAUUAUCAUUCAUCAAAUAUUUAUAAUAUGGUAAUAUUUUAUACUUUAUUAGAUUAA